ACAAUCAGUAUAUCAGUUUGGUGAGGUUCUCAUACACUAGUACUCAACAGUGCAGUCUAGGAGGGAGGUGUACAAGCACGCAUGAUGGUAUAUACACACAAUCAUAGGGAUUGUGGCAAAUGUCUUCCUGUUGUGAUUUCAAUCUUGUAUAGAGAAUAGCUACUUAGUAGAGGGCUUAGGCGGAGGGUGGUUAUCACCUGACAUGUAGUAACAUGUGUACAUGUACUUACGUUGGGUCAAUUGCUGACAGAUUUGAUGAGCUGUGUCUCCUUUCCCCAAUCUCAGUGCCAUAUCCAGUAGAGCUCUGUAACCCAUUAUACACCACAGACUCAUUAAUGCUUCAUAUCGCUAUGACUCCAUAGACUCAUUUUUGCUGCAGCUGCAGUUGAACGUCUUCUUUUUGCAAGAUCUCCAAAGGAGGAGGACCUACUGCUUACUAGAGCACUGCAAACGGCUGACCGCUAGCUAAGGUAACUGUAGACUAAGCAUUGCAUGGGGGUAACACAUAAAAAUUUUGCACAAAUUCAGUUUGAAUAUAGACAGAUAUUAAACAAUACAAUAAAUACAUGCAAAUUAAUUCUAACUAUCUAAAACUUGAAGAAUGACUAGGAGACAGCACUUCACUGUGGAUGAGGUGCUUGGAGACAUAUUGUCCGAUGAUGAGGACGAAGAUGAACCUAUGAGGGAAGGGAGUGACUAUGAAUUUUCAGACCUAGAGUCUGACGACAAGGAAUAUGAUAAUACGAGUGGCUCAGGAGGGCUUGGGACUCAACAGCCACCUCAACCUCCGCUCAACCCCCGACAGCCACCCCCACCUCAACCACCGCUCAAUUCUCAACAGCCACCCCCACCUCAACCACCGCUCAACCCUCGACAGCCACCCCCACCUCAACCACCACUCAACCCUCGACAGCCACCCCCACCUCAACCACCGCUCAACCCUCGACAGCCACCCCCACCUCAACCACCGCUCAACCCUCGACAGCCACCCCCACCUCAACCACCGCUCAACCCUCGACAGCCACCCCCACCUCAACCACCGCUCAACCCUCGACAGCCACCCCCACCUCAACCACCGCUCAACCCUCGACAGCCACCCCCACCUCCACUCCCACCCCAACCUCCGCUCAACACUCAACAACCUCCAGGUAAUUAUAAUAAAAAUGUUUAAUUCUGUUGAGCGUAUAAUAAAUACUUA